CCCAGCUCACCAUUCAGGGAACACCCGAGCAUUUCCUGCUCUCAGGAAGGUUUGGGGUUUGAUAAAAGCGGGGCAGAGCCCAGCUGAGCUCAACGCAGUGAUGGGAGCUGUAUGGCCACCGCCUGGCUCCCGUCACCCACCCGUGCCAAAGGCUGCAAGGGAUCGGGGUUAUUUUUACACCCAGGGCAAUCCUGCAGCAGCUGUGCAGGCCAUGCAGUGCCAGGGUCAGGCAGUCCCGGAAGGGGCGGCCGCAUUCUGCCCACUGCUGAGACGGGGACGAAGGUGCCACCGCCGCCAACCUCCCCCCAUAGCGACACCCGGAGCCAUGGCAUCGCAGCUGGAAGGGGCCAUGGAGACGCUCAUCAACGUCUUCCACCACUACUCGGGCAAAGAGGGGGAUAAGUACAAGCUGAGCAAGAAGGAGCUGAAGGAGCUGCUGCAGAGCGAGCUGGGCUGCUUCCUGGAGACCCAGAAGGACACGGGGGCUGUGGAGAAGAUCAUGCAGGAUCUGGACGAGAACGGCGACGGGGAGGUGGACUUCCAGGAGUACGUGGUUCUGGUGGCCGCCCUCACCGUGGCCUGCAACACUUUCUUCUGGGAGAACGCCUGAGCCGGGCUCCAGCUCCACAGCACCCAACCACGGCACCCCCAAAAGCAGAGCCCCCCCACCCCACCCCACAUGUCCACCCUUUGCUCCUCGUGCACCCGGGGGUCCUGC